AUGAAGCCACUCCUGCUCCUCGGGCUCCCGCUUCUCCUCGUGCUGCUGGCCGUGAUGCCCCCCGGCUGCCAGGGCAUCAUCAUUCCCCGGUGCCGGCUGGUGCGGAUCCUCCGGCAGCACAGGCUGGAUGGCUUCGUCGGCAGAAAAGUGGCUGAUUGGGUCUGCCUGGCAAAGCACGAGAGCAGUUACAACACCAGGGCCAUCAACCGCAACAAGAAUGGCAGCUCAGACUACGGGAUCUUCCAGAUCAACAGCAAGUACUGGUGCUACGACGGGCGGACACCGGGGGCCAGCAACGGCUGCCGCAUCCACUGCAGAAAGUUCCUGGAUGACAAUAUCACGGAUGACAUCAAAUGCGCUAAGCUCAUCGCAUGGCAGGCGCGUGGCCUCACGCCCUGGGUUGCGUGGAGGAAACAUUGCAGGGGAAAGAAUUUGUGGCCGUACGUCAGGGGAUGCUAG